AUGGAUUCCGACACGGGAUUUUUGAAAGCUUUAAGCACGUUGAAAGCAGCCACAAUCCAGGUUGAACGAAAAGAUUUGUGCCAUCUCCUGGAGGAGUCGUACGCUUUGAUGAAGCGUUGGAACUCGUCCCAUUUGCGAUUGUGGGUCCUCCGAGACAAAGUGUUCGAACCGAUCCAGUUGGCCGUGGAGUCGAACGAUCCACGCUUGUGCACACCGGCGGUGCAUUGCUUACAAGCAUUUUUGCACGACGAUCGUUUUAAAUCGUGCACGGAAUUUAGUUCCGAUCCACGCUGGAUUCCAUGUCAGGUAUUGCACACACUGUGCGCAUGCAACUCGUUUGAGGAAAAUGGUCAAAUUGAAGUAUUGAAGAUCCUGCUGGAUAUUGUUCUCUCUAAUCAGUGGUCUCUGAGUGUCAACCUAUUGAUCAAACUCGUCGAACUAUGCCUACGAAUGUCAGACAAUUUCUCCACCCCAUGUGAUGCCACUCUUCCACGAAUGGUUAGUUCGACGUUGAAUCAAAUACUGGAAUCCGUGGUUCUUACCUACAAACGAUGCGAACCAGAAACGUUCGACUCGCUUGUUUGCAACAGCACGUACAGAUGUUGCAGCCCAUUGCCAGAUCUUGUUUUAAGAUCCGAGCUCCCGAUUUCGUCCACCACAACCAGUGCAGCAGCCGGAACAGAAAUCCCACCACCCGUCGAAAGGGACGGAGGAGAAGCUUUACGUCACGAUUUACUGACUGUGUUUGAACAUCUGGUCCGGUGUCUGUCAUUGUCCACUCCCGUGGAUGAUCGCUCUGGUUCAAAUCCGACCUGCUUCAAGAGCGGUCGCGUUCAAACCGUACUAAGUGCUGUGCUUACAAUGCUCAUGCAUCUACCGACCGGCAUCGUUCGGUUUCGGGCAUUCACCGAUGUGGUAUGGCAAUCAUUAUGUCCCUCACUGAUCGCACUCAUGCAGGCCAAUUCAGCCGAUGGAUCCCCGUACAAAAAACUCACGGGAACUGUGGACUCACCGGAAUUCGGUCGUGGCUCCGGUGUCGAAAGUUCGAAUGGCUUGCCAAUCCAUCCCGACAUCUGUCACAUAGUGCAUGGAAUCACAACGCGGUUGGCUCAUAUGCUCGGUCCAUUGAUCGAAAUGCGACCGGUUUUGGAAUCUCUGUUUCACAGUGUCCUUCUCUAUCCACCUCCGAGGCAACGUCUGACAGCGUUGAAAAUGAUGCAACCGUUGUUGUCCUCGGAACGCGAACUGAUGCGCAUCACAUUGCCUUGUUGGCAUCUGGUCGAAUCGUCCACGGAGACCUCCCGGAGCACGCACGAAUUCACACCCGUAUCGGAUUGGGCCGCGAUAGAUCAGUCAACUGGAGCUAUCCCCGUUCCUAUGCGACUUAUUCGUAUUCUACUCGAUUCAUUGGCCGAGUGUAGCUGUUCCGGGGAUGGCACAUUGGCUCAGUGUAGUAUGGACUGUAUGGCCAGUUUGUUCAGUACUUUGGAACGCUUGGCUGUCGGUUCAAGCCUGGAGCCUUGGUUGUCCGCGCUCCUUGUGCCACAACUUGUCCAGUUGACCAAAGCCGUUUGCGAGCGCUAUCGUUCCCAAGCGAAUACCGCUGAAUCCUCGUGUUUCGGCCCACCGUCGGCCAUAUUCAAUGCGGAUGCAAUCUACGUGAUGAGCUAUGCGACACUGGCUUUGAACUGGCGACUUUGUCUACACGGAUUCUACAAUACGAGUCAAGGUUCUUUGAAGCUGACGGAUCAGGAUGAGCAAUCUUUCAUCGAUUCAAUUAUCAACCGAAACCUAUUGGUCUAUCUUCCGGUGUCUUUCAUCUCGGAAGUGUAUUGUCUAGUCACGCGGACUAACUAUCUCCGGUCGGCCGAACUCGAUGUGGACAAAGUGCUUUCAAAUCCGACAACUACUACUGAUGGCCCUACCGGUGCGGUGGAUAUCCCUGGUUCGGUUCUAUGCGCAACGUUGAAUGCGUUCAAUGGAGUACGUGAGGAUCUACAGGAUCGUCAUGAUCACCGAGCAUUUCUCAUCGAUCAGUCUCCCAGUCUCGUUGGUUCUCGCCUGGUUCGAUUUUUUCUCGGUCCGAUCUGGAAUCCAUUUCUUUGGUCUGUGGCUGGCGUGUUCUGCACUCCCGGACUGUUUGGACCGCGUACACGCCUACAAAUCGUCCAAUUAGGUCAUUGCGCCCAACUGGAAUUGCACACGCUUCCCCAUUGGACACGCUUACUACCUCAAUCCGGUAUGACAGAAAAUCGAUUAGCCACCGGUCAGGCUGUCCUCGCCGCGAUACACCAG